AAUUGUGUAGAGACAUCCCUCGCGAGCAUCGGGCGAAUUAUAAUUGUUAACUUCAAUUAUAAUUACAAGUGAAUGUGUUAUAUGCACUUGUGUUGAAAUGUUACGACACUGUGUUACGGCGGUGGUGUUAUUAUUAGCCGUGGCAUACACCAAAUGUCAAAUAGGAUCAUGCCCGCCUACACUCUCGGUGGAGAUAUGUGACGCAAAAUGCGGGCCCACGACGCCUUGUAACUCGACUCAGCUGUGCUGCCCCACGGCUUGCGGCGGCUCCAUGUGCGUAGACCCUAUGACCCAAAGGCACUUCGUUACAUUAGUGAAAGCUGGCAAGUGUCCCGAGUUUCCGCGAGGAGUUUGGGUAUGCAGCCACUCUUGUACAGGUGACUCGGACUGUCCGAGGGCACUGAAGUGUUGUCCGAACAGAUGCGGCGCCCUGACGUGUCAGCGAGCGGAAGUAGAAGGGAAUACGUAAUCAUUUUGGGAAAAUUGCAUCAAUAAAAUAUUAUUUAUCAUUUAGUAUUACCUUA